UUGAAAAGAGACGACUAUAUUGUAGGCAUUUUAGGUGCGGCCAUAUUGAUUGUAGCAAGCGACAAAGAACGAAAAACUAGUGUGACAACGAUUCUAUACAAAUCGAAAAAAGCAGCGGCGGCGUAAAGACGACGGCGAUCAUCAACCAUCUGAAAAGAUUUACACCCGACGACAUUGAAAAAAUACAACAAAAAAAAAACGUAUAGAAGCGGCGCUUGUCAGAAUUACAAAAAGAAAAAACGUAGUAGAGAAAAAAAGUCGAGCAAAAAAGCUUAAAACAGAAAGAAAAAAAAUUCGGAACGAAGGCGACGAGCAAAUUUUUUUGAAAUCACACAAAAAAAGCACAACGACGCCGGGAUAAAACGAAAUUUUUUAAUUUUAAAUUAAAAAAAUCGGAAAAGGAUUUUUUUAUAAAACAAGUUUUAUUAAAUUCUACUACUACACAAAUUAAAUAUUUUGCACAAUGUCUGAACGUGAAAAUAAUGUUUACAAGGCUAAAUUAGCCGAACAAGCAGAACGCUAUGAUGAAAUGGUUGAGGCCAUGAAAAAAGUUGCCUCGAUGGAUGUUGAAUUAACCGUUGAAGAACGUAACCUUUUAUCGGUAGCAUAUAAAAAUGUUAUUGGAGCACGUCGUGCCUCAUGGCGUAUUAUUACCUCGAUCGAACAGAAGGAGGAGAAUAAGGGUGCCGAAGAGAAAUUGGAAAUGAUCAAAACUUAUCGCGGCCAGGUUGAAAAAGAAUUGCGCGAUAUCUGUUCGGACAUUUUAAAUGUACUCGAGAAACAUCUCAUUCCAUGUGCCACCACAGGCGAAAGUAAAGUAUUUUAUUAUAAGAUGAAGGGUGAUUAUCAUCGUUAUUUGGCUGAGUUUGCUACCGGUUCAGAUCGCAAAGAUGCCGCUGAAAACUCAUUGAUUGCCUAUAAGGCAGCCAGUGAUAUUGCCAUGAACGAUCUGCCACCAACACAUCCCAUCCGUUUGGGUUUGGCGCUUAACUUUUCGGUAUUCUAUUAUGAAAUUUUGAACUCACCCGAUCGUGCAUGCCGCUUGGCGAAAGCAGCUUUCGACGAUGCCAUUGCCGAAUUGGACACAUUAAGUGAAGAAAGCUACAAAGACUCCACACUCAUUAUGCAACUGCUGAGGGAUAACCUUACAUUAUGGACGUCUGAUAUGCAAGCCGACGGUGAUGGUGAACAAAAAGAGCAAAUCCAAGAUGUUGAAGAUCAGGAUGUGUCGUAAUUUAAGUAACAACCCCCAUUAAAACAAAACAAAAAAACAAAACAAAAAAUCCCCUAUAAAAUUACUAUUUGCAUUUCUUAUUUCUAAAACAAACAAACAAACAAACAAAAAAACCAACAAACUGUUUCUCCAGUUAUAUUACUACACCACAAAACAACAAACAAACAUCCACAAACCACCAAAAAUAAUCUUCUUACAAAAACAACAACAAAAAUUUUGUUCAUUCAUACACGCGGUUCGUUCGUUCUCUAUUAGUUCAUAAUACGAAGAAAAAUCACAAACAGCAGCAUGUUUUUCUUUUUUUUUUCUUUGAUUUUUUUUUGUGUUUUUUCUUAUUGGUAGUAAUUAUUACAAUAAAAUGUAAUUAAUCUAUAUUUUUGCCCAAUUUUCUAUAGAUUUUGGUUUUUUGUUUACACGCCACCACUACCCGCCAUCCCCCCCCUUUCAGCGUUUCUCUCUAACAUUGUGGAUUUUUAAAAAUAAAAACAAAAACAGCUCGUUGUUGUCCUUUCGCUCUCGUGUGUACCGUUCGUUCUUUCUCAAUAAAACAAAUUUCUCCUUUGCUAUCAAACCAGAGCCCCCUCCCUCCAUGCCCAUUUAAAUGUGUGAAUUUUUUUGCAUUAAUACAUAAUAAAUAUUAUAAAAAAAUAAAUAUAUAUAUUAAAGCAAAACAACAACAACAAAAAUACAUCAAAAAAAUAAUAAACAACAAAAAAUAAAAUAAAACAAAACAAAAAA